AUGCAAGAUUGCAUACCGCUCACAGUUGCUCAGGUAGUCAAAGACAUCAAAACCACACUCAGAUCGAAGCUUGCUGGAUUGGAGAAACAAGAGAUGAUUCACAAGCUACGGCUCCGCAAAGACAUGACGAUCGAAGUUACUUAUACUUAUGGUUCGAAUCCUUCCAAGGUGUUACAUAGCUCUCUGUUGCUUAUUGAUGUGUGGCUCUAG